UAUACUGUUCAAAUGAAAUUAUGGCGGCAAUAUUGACCGGGAUUUUUGUUCUUCAUUUUUCUGUAGGAAAUAAAUGUAGAAUAGAAGGCUUUAGUUCCAUUACUUUUGAAGGUCAUGUUUCUGUUCAGGACGGGAGAGAUUUAAUGAAGCAUUUCGGUUCUCAGCAGAUCUCCGUUUCCUCCUGCUCGCCAUCUUUCCCUUCUGAACCUCCUGAUAUCAGGAACUGGUUUUCGAGUUAUGAGUAUGAGUCUUUUAUGUUGGAUACAAAUGAUAUCUAUGCGGAUACUUCUGUGGAAUGUGAGGACGAUAAAGAUAGAUUUGUUAAUGAGAAGACUAACAGAAGAAAGGGGUAUGACUGGAUGAAACCUGGAGAACUAAGAAAAAGGGAUGAAAUGAAUGUUAAUGAUGAUGUUUCUUCAUAUAAGUUUAUUAAAGGUAACAGCUUUUGUGAAAUCAAUAAACAUGAGGACCUGAAUUUGAGCAAGGUUCCUGAUGCUUUGCUUUCCUCCUCAAUACUUUCUGAGCCUCCUGACAUCAGAAACUGGCUCUCAAGCUAUGAAUAUCAAUCUCCUGUGCUGGAUACUGUGGAUUGUUUCAACUGCUCUGCUUCCAACAAAAGUAUUUCUGAGAAAGAGGGAGUUGUUGGAAAGUGCCAAGGGAAUAAAGAAAAAAACUUGGGGGACCUAAGGAAAUGUAGUGAUUGCCAUGAAGAAGGUAGUGGUCAGGUGGAUCCGCCAAAUGCUACAGUUCUUCCAAAGAUGGUAAGCAUGAAAGCCAAAUUUUAAUAAAUUAUAUUUUA